CGCCCAACGCAACGUAACGUGACGGGCGGGCGAUUCUGCGCCGCGCAUGCGCAGCGGGUUACUACCGGAAGGAUUUCUUAGCUGGGACCAAUGUGGCGCCCCCACUGAGCCCUUCUGGAAGCGUCUGACGGAAAGAAGGGCGCAAGUCAGAGUGGGAGAGACCACUAGGCGGAACUCCGACACACAUCAUAUUCUCAGGGUCCACGGCACUACAGUGAGAGCAAAAAAAGACGGCGCAAAUGCGCGCUGCGAGGCAGGGUACACUUUGUCGAUGUCAAAAGUACUUCAAGGAGAAAGCCAUACCCAAGACAUUUUGCAUAUGAAUCUUGAUAAUGACAGCUCAAGAAAAAGAAAUUGGGGAUUGUUGGUCACUGGCAUUGUUGGUGGGACAUUGGUGGUACUGUAUGCUGUUGCCACUCCAUUCAUAACUCCAGCACUGAGAAAAAUUUGCCUUCCUUUUGUACCUGCAACUUCAACUCAGAUUGAAAAUGUUUUGAAAAUGUUACAGUACAGAAGUGGAUCUCUGGUUGACAUAGGUAGCGGCGAUGGACGUAUUGUGAUAGCAGCUGCAAAAGAAGGAUUCAAAGCUGUUGGUUAUGAAUUAAAUCCCUGGCUAGUCUGGUACUCCAGAUAUCGUGCUUGGAGAGAAGGGAUGCAUCAUAAUGCCAAAUUUUAUAUUUCAGAUUUGUGGAAGGUUAGCUUUUCCCAGUAUACAAAUGUUGUUGUUUUUGGGGUACCUCAAAUGGUAAGUCUUUUUUCACUCUUUCAUUGUAUUUAUUGUGUUUUAUGACCAUAAUAGCAAGGC